UGGAAAAAGCAGGAAAAAAAGGAAUUCUUAAUUAUGCGAGUCUUCUAAGACGAAUCAUUCCAGGCGAGUCUUCUAAGACGAAUCAUUCCAGGCGAGUCUUCCCAAAGAAACAGAAAAUGGACAGCAACGGAUUCUCUCGAGGACUGCAGGCUGAAAAAAUACUCUCUGCCUUUACGGAUGCAAAUGGAACCACGAUGUUCAACAUCAAGUUCAAGGACUCACCAGUCGUGGAGCAGCUUCCCGCUUCCGACGCCAAUAGACGCAUUCCACACAUGGUGAUCGAGUUCUACUGGGACCACCUAUCCCUGCCCCUCGAAUCCGAGAAAGGGGAGGACGCGAAGGGGGAGAGCCAGAGAGGAUGAUUAUUAAUUAAAUUCAAUUAUGCAGCAAGCG